GCUCUCGACUCGGUGCUGGUCAACAACAGCUGCUUUACCAGAAACCAGGAGGCGUCAAAGUUGGCGAUGUGACAAUACGAGAACCGACCUGUGAGAUCUUUAAUAGUGUGAGUGAGUGAGUGUGCGUGUGUGUGUGUGUGCGUGCGUGUGCUGCUGCUCGUCCAUGGUGCAGCUCUGAGCUGCCGCAGCCUCUGAAAGGAGCACCAUGGCAAUGUGGAUCCAGGCCCAGCAGCUCCAGGGUGAGGCGUCUCACCAGAUGCAGGCGCUGUAUGGCCAGCACUUUCCCAUCGAGGUGCGGCACUACCUGGCCCAGUGGAUUGAGAGCCAGCUGUGGGAUUCUGUGGAGUUGGACAACCCAGCGGAGGAGGCCAAAGCCAAGCGUCUGCUGGACAACUUGGUGGCCGAGCUUCAGAGGAGAGCCCAACUUCAGGGAGGAGAGGACGGCUUUCUUCUCAAGAUCAAGUUGGGCCACUGUGGCAACCAGCUCAAGAGCACUUAUGACCGCUGUCCUUUGGAGCUGGUGCGCUGCAUUAAACACAUCCUGCACUCAGAGCAGAGGCUGGUUCAAGAAGCUACAAAUGCCAGCUCUGAGAGUGGCGGCCAGGCAAUGGACAGCCUGUCACAGCGGCACCAACAGAUCAACCAGGCUUUUGAGGAACUUCGUUUGGCAACACAGGAGACUGAGAACGAACUGAGAAAGCUGCAGCACAGCCAGGAGUACUUCAUCAUCCAGUACCAGGAGAACCUUCGUAUCCAGGCACAGCUCAGCAACUUGUCUUCACUGCCUCCAGCCGAGCGCACCCAGCGAGAGACCACCCUACAGAGCAAGAGGGCCACUGUGGAGGCCUGGCUCACCAGAGAGGCCAGCACACUACAGAAAUACAGGCUUGACCUGUCGGAGCAGCACCAGAAGACCCUGGGCCUGUUGAGGAAGCAGCAAACUUUAAUCCUUGAUGAGGAGCUCAUCCAGUGGAAGAGGAGGCAGCAGCUGGCUGGCAACGGGGGUCCUCAUGAGGGGGGACUGGAUGUCCUCCAGUCCUGGUGUGAGAAGCUGGCUGACCUGAUCUGGCAGAACCGGCAGCAGAUCCGGCGCUGUGAGCAUCUAACCCAACAGCUCCCCCUGCCAGGCCCGAUGGAAGAGCUGCUGAGCAAGCUCAAUAGUGACAUCACUGAUAUCAUCUCUGCCCUGGUUACCAGCACCUUCAUCAUUGAAAAGCAGCCGCCCCAGGUGUUAAAGACCCAGACCAAGUUUGCAGCCACUGUGCGCCUUCUGGUGGGCGGAAAACUGAACGUCCACAUGAACCCACCACAGGUCAAGGCUGUCAUUGUUAGUGAGCAGCAGGCCAAAGCUCUGCUGAAGAAUGAGAGCACACACAGUGAAAGCAGUGGAGAAAUCCUCAACAACAACUGUGUGAUGGAAUAUCACCAGGCCACUGGCACCCUCAGUGCACACUUCAGAAACAUGUCACUGAAACGGAUCAAGCGCUCUGACCGUCGAGGUGCAGAGUCAGUGACGGAGGAGAAGUUCACAGUUCUGUUUGAAUCACAGUUCAGUGUUGGGGGAAACGAACUCGUCUUCCAUGUCAAAACCUUAUCACUGCCUGUGGUCGUGAUCGUCCACGGCAGUCAGGACAACAAUGCUACAGCAACAGUCCUGUGGGACAAUGCCUUUGCUGAGCCGGGCAGGGUGCCGUUCAUCGUGCCAGACAAGGUGCUGUGGCCCCAGCUGUGCGAGGCCCUGGAUAUGAAGUACAAGGCGGAAAUGCACAGCGGGCGUGGCCUGUCAGAGGAUAACCUGGUCUUCCUGGCACAAAAGGCUUUUACAAGCAGCAGCAACAACCCAGAGGACUACAGCAAGAUGACCAUCUCUUGGGCCCAGUUCAAUCGGGAGAGCUUACCUGGACGCAACUUCACCUUCUGGCAGUGGUUUGAUGGAGUAGUGGAGCUCAUGAAGAAACAUCUCAAGCCUCACUGGAAUGAUGGUGCCAUCCUGGGGUUUGUAAACAAGCAGCAGGCACAGGACAUGUUGUUGUCCAAACCCAACGGCACCUUCCUGCUGCGAUUCAGUGACUCUGAGAUCGGAGGUAUCACCAUCGCCUGGGUGGCUGAGAAUCCCAACAAAUCAGGGGAGAGGUUGGUCUGGAAUCUGUUACCUUACACAACCAAGGACUUCUCCAUUCGCUCCCUGGCUGAUCGCAUCAGUGACCUGAACCACCUUCUGUUUCUCUACCCUGACCAGCCCAAAGAUGAGGUUUUUGCCAAGUACUACACCCCUCCACUCUCAAAAGCAGUGGACGGAUACGUAAAACCACAGAUCAAACAAGUUGUGCCAGAAUUUACCACCCCAAACCCUGAACCCAGCGGAGCAACUCCAACAUUCAUGGACCAGACAGCUUCUCCCUCUGUGACCCACCCCAACAACUUCAGUGUUUACCCUCCUAUUAGUGACACCAUGUUGGAUGCAGAUGGAGACUUUGACCUGGAGGACACGAUGGACGUGGCCCGUCAUGUGGAGGAACUGCUCCGCAGGCCCAUGGCCAACCAGUGGAGCAGCCAGCAGUCCUGAACCUGAAACAUGAUACUGCUGCACACCUUCAGGUCUACUCCAUCUUAUCCACUCCUUUAAUUCUGUCCGAACUGCAGCCACAUUAAGAGAUGUCCUGUGUUCAUUAGUCCCUCUGACAGAUCCACAUUACAAUUCACAUUCAUCAUGCUUAAGCUGCCCGCAGAAGAGAAGAACUGGUUUUCUAAUCAAUAUUGUCUCAGUGGAGAUGGUAAACCAUGUUUUCAAGAGUCAGCUUUACUGGCAUUGGACAGAGGACAGGGGCUGGGGUUCUCUCCACCCAUCAUAGUUUCUCAGGACGGUCAUGAAGACCUGGUUUGGGUCAAUGGGAUUUUUAUACACUUAGUUUUUAUGUGAGCUUUGCGUACCUGAUGAGCUUUUAGCUGGCACAAUGAGACUUAUGCGUAAGAUUUCGGAGUAUCUUAAAAUUAUUUUUAAAUGUUUUUCUACAGUUAACAUGGGUUAAUGUGACUGAAUGCAGAAAAAACAACUCUCUUCUCUCUUUGUCAAUAAUUAAUAAUAGUUGUAUAAUUAGUACUAUCUAUCUAGUAGUAAGUCCAUAAAAAAGUGAGACUAUGUAGCUUUAGCUGAACAUCAGCCACUGUGAACACCAGCAGUAUUUACAGGAUGAUGGGAAAUUAAAUUUUCCUUCAUUUUCAAAGUUUAUCUUUAAUCAUUUGCUUUAGAGCCACUUAGCAAAACAAGUAUAAAUCAACAACCAUGGCUCCCAUGUAGGUGCAUCGUAGUUACUGCUGUGUCAUUGGCUUUAGACAGCUUUAAACCUGUGAUGCUGGAAACUAAAUCAAGUGGUGUCCUCAACCUAACUCCAGUGUCCUGGGAAGCUGCAGUUUGAACUUCACCUGUGCUUCAGUGUGAGCCCAGCAGCUGUGUCCUGUAGAAGGAACCAUCUGAACAGCAUGAGGUUUCACACAAACAUGGGUCAUGUCUGGUUUGAAGUUUGAACCUGGUAGAACUUAAGUUUCUGUCAUUGAGCUGAGAGUAAUCACUGGUCAUGUUUCCAGUUGGGAUCUCUGGUUCCUUCACUUGCUUCUCUUACUGUUUGCUUAUUCUAUGGUUUAUGAUCAAUUUAAACACCAACCAACGCCAUUGCUUAUGUAGACUGGCCAGCGGUCACAGAGAUAGAUGAAAGCUCAGACAUUUUUUCUCCAAUAAUAUAGAUUAAAGUACAAAAAUAAUAAACAAUCAAAUAAGACAACUGUCAGCAACAUCAUCAUUUUGUAGUAUUUAAUAGUGAAUGUUCAGUAGUAAUAUAAUGAAUUUGACUCAGCAAUCAGAUUCAACCCAGAAAGUCCCUGUUUGGCUAAACCAGUUCAAAACCUUAGCUGAGCUAUUCAGAUGCUAAGUGACACAGCUUCAGUCUCUGUGUAUUUACAGUUGCCUGUAACAUACUAAAACAAAACAGUAAAUGCUUAACAGUAGUUCAAGUUGUAAAACGUCAUACAGACGUUUCAGGACUCAUGAAUUACCCUCUCUAAUUCUAUGUAUGUACACAUAUAUGUUGUCCGAAUGGAACCUUCGGUGUAUGGUACUGUGUGAUAAGCUUAGUCAGUGGAUUCUAUUGGGAAAAGAUUACACCUCACACUCUAUAAUACGCCAUCAUACUUUUUCUCUGCCAGGAUAAUCAGACAGCAGCUCAGGACUGCAACUAACAGUUUUUAUUAUCCUGUUCAUUUUUUCAUCAUCUAUUAUUUUAAUUAAUUGUUUUGUCAACAAAAUGUAGAAACAUUUGGGGAAAAAAAUCACAAUUAUUUACCCGCAGAUAUCCAAAGCCCAAAGUUAUAUCUUUGAAUUGCUUGGUUUUUCUGACCGCCUGUGCACAAUUCAAAAACAUUCAGUUUACUGUAACAUACAUCCCCACAUGUGAGAGGAUGGAACCAAUUUUAUUUGCAUUGCGUCACUCAUUUUUGCAAGGAGAGGGCCAUUAAUUGAUCAUCAGAACUCUUACUAAUUGAUCCUUUGUAGAUCAGAUACAUAACCAUGACAGUUCUGAUCAUGUGUGUAGCAUUGCUUCUGAAACCAGAGAACAAUUAUCCCACCCACCUCAGCUGCAGUUUGUCCAUUCUGCUCAUUAUGAUGAUGAUGAUGAUGAUGUUAAUCUUUUUCUAGCUUCUCCGUUAUCCUGAAAUAACCUUCAGUAAACAUUUCUGUGGAGAUUCACGGCUCUGUAGAUCUCUCUGUGCCUUUUGGCUUGGUAAGGACAGCACUGUCCAUCAGUACAUUUGAAAGCCAUUGUCCAUAACACUGUACUACUACCAGCAUCCAAGGAAAAUCUCUCAGAACACAACUCACCCAUAAUGAAGUUAACACAGCAAACCUCAGGAAAGUCACUGUGGGGGAAAAAAAGGCAGUUGUGUCCAAAUCAACCAAAUGAUUUGAGUGUAGAUGGGGAUACUAUGUAACUCUUGUGCUACCUUUACCUCUUACGCUUAUUGUGAAAUAAAAGCUGAAACACAAAACGUUUUAUUUUUACUAAUGCAGUAGUUCACCUUUUUGUCCUUGAAUCAACCAAAUGUGUGUAUCCAGCUCACUGCUGCUGUGUUUGUCCGCUGGCUUCUGUACAAUCUGCCUCAUGUACUUCCACAUUGUGCUACACUUUGCUGGAAGUUUGGUGUUUGGAUUUGACUUGGAAAUAAAACACAUUUUUUAAUUAA